AUGACCAGCUCGCCUCUUUGCACAACCGACGACUACGAUACGGACUGUGAUUACCUCGUGGACGAUAGGCAUCUCUUGUUCGAACUGGCUCCACGGCCGCGGCUUCUUGCAUGGUCCACAGCCGAAGAAAAAUCUAAACCAGUGACAUACACAGAACAUGUCAACACGACAUCUGGGGAGGCCACAAUCUCCUUUGGACAAAAUUCUGCCUGCUCUUCCGGUCUGACGUUGAACAUUGACACCGGUAUGGCCACUCUACGCUCUACUACAGAGAGUGCAGAGGGAAAAGAGCCAGGAUAUUCAGAAAUACGUAUCGGUCCGUGCCCUGAGGACUCGGACCGGCAGUUGAAGCAAGAGCCAUGGGAAACCGCUGUCCGUGUCCACAGGGUCGAGGUAUACAGUUGUACAGGAGGUGUAUAUCCGCACCUGGCUGUCGAACGAAAAUAG